CUGGUCCGUGGCAUGACUGAGGACGUCAACGUGGUCGGGGUGCAAUGACCCCUCCCCUAGGUCGUCCUCUCCAAGUCUUGGGGCUACAGUGGAUUAUGUGAGUCUCUCGGGCGGACGGUUAUGUAACGCCGGGCCCAGGUUGAUAGGCACCAUCUGCCCGGCAGCCGCUAUAUUACAAAUCGAGAGCCAGCCACUUGCCCGGAAACUCUCUGCCGUUCCACUCCGUUGUUUACUCUCUGCUACUCCAAUGCGAGCACUCCUGCUAACCUCAGUACCGGCACACCGGUCAGGAACAAGACUCGAUUCGACAGAGCCUCGCGGGGUCACAAGUCCGCAGAUAACCUUACAAUAGCGGCCCAACGGUGAGAUGCACCUAGUACAAGGACCCACAAGCCGCCAAGACGUGUUCCGUGUCACACAGUCC